CUAAUCAAUAUUUGAUAGCACGUUGAAAUCAAAUCCCACGUCCUCGACCGUUUUUCUCGUGCUCUCUCUCUCUCUCUCUCUCCUGUUUCAUUGCCCUCGUCUAAUACCAUAAUCGGAGAUCCAAUCGCAUUUCCUCAGCAUUACUGCAUUUCUCACAUCUUCCGAAAAUGGCGACAAUGGAAAGCUUAAUCGGCUUAGUGAACAGAAUCCAAAGGGCGUGCACCGUGUUAGGCGAUCAUGGCGGCGAAGGCAUGUCUCUUUGGGAAGCGCUUCCCUCCGUCGCCGUCGUCGGCGGCCAGAGUUCUGGCAAAUCGUCGGUCCUCGAGAGCGUAGUUGGGAGAGAUUUUCUGCCUCGAGGAUCAGGCAUUGUAACAAGGAGGCCACUGGUGUUGCAACUUCAUAAAACGGAGGGACAAACGGAGUAUGCAGAGUUUCUACAUGCGCCUAAGAAGAAAUAUUCUGAUUUCGCUGCUGUACGUCAAGAGAUAGCAGAUGAGACGGACCGCAUAACAGGGAAGAGCAAACAAAUAUCUAAUGUUCCUAUCCAAUUGAGCAUUUAUUCUCCAAAUGUGGUAAACUUAACAGUUAUUGAUCUUCCUGGGUUGACAAAAGUAGCUGUAGAGGGACAGCCAGAGAGUAUUGUUGAAGAUAUUGAAAAUAUGGUUCGGUCUUAUGUUGAAAAGCCAAAUUGCAUUAUUUUGGCCAUCUCUCCUGCUAAUCAAGAUAUUGCGACUUCCGAUGCUAUAAAGCUUGCAAGAGAAGUUGAUCCAUCGGGUGAACGGACAUUUGGAGUAUUGACUAAACUUGAUUUGAUGGAUAAAGGAACCAAUGCUCUUGAUGUAAUCGAAGGUAGAGCAUACAAGCUCAUGCAUCCAUGGGUUGGGAUAGUGAAUCGUUCACAAGCUGAUAUCAACAAGAAUGUUAACAUGGUUUCUGCUCGUCAGAAGGAGAUAGAAUAUUUUGAAUCCAGCCCAGAGUAUGGACAUCUGGCUCAUAGAAUGGGUUCAGAAUAUCUGGCAAAACUUCUGUCUCAACAUCUGGAGAAAGUCAUUAGGCAGCGCAUUCCCAGCAUUAUUGCCUUAAUAAAUAGGACCAUAGAUGAACUCAACGCAGAGUUGGACCGUAUUGGCAGACCUGUUGGUGUAGAUGGAGGGGCACAGCUGUACACAAUUUUGGAAAUGUGCCGAGCAUUUGAUCGUAUUUUUAAGGAACAUCUGGAUGGAGGGAGGCCAGGUGGAGAUAGGAUAUAUGGUGUCUUUGAUCAUCAGCUACCGGCCGCUCUCAAAAAGCUUCCAUUUGAUCGCCAUCUCUCACAAAGUAAUGUUAAAAAAGUUAUUUCAGAAGCAGAUGGCUAUCAGCCUCACUUGAUUGCUCCUGAACAAGGAUACAGAAGACUAAUUGAUGGAUCACUUGGCUACUUCAAGGGUCCUGCUGAAGCUUCAGUUGAUGCGGUACAUUUCAUCCUGAAAGAACUUGUGAGAAAGUCAAUUGCAGAGACUGAGGAGCUGAAACGAUUCCCGACGCUUCAAUCUGACAUAGCAGCAGCUUCAAAUGAAGCACUGGAGAAGUUUCGUGAUGAAAGUCGUAGGACAGUUUUACGACUGGUUGAAAUGGAGUCCUCAUACCUAACAGUGGAGUUUUUCAGGAAACUUAAUAUGGAACCGGAGAAAACCAACACCGCGACUGGUCCAAAUGCAGAUCGCUACACCGACAAUCAUCUGAGGAGAAUCGGUACAAAUGUGUCUGCCUACGUUGGUAUGGUUUGUGAUUCCUUGAAGAAUAGCCUUCCAAAGGCCGUUGUUCAUUGUCAAGUUCGAGAGGCUAAAAGAUCAUUGCUAAAUCUUUUCUAUGCUCAAAUUGGAAGGAAGGAGAAAGAACAACUUGGUAAGAUGUUGGAUGAAGAUCCAUCACUCAUGGCCAAGAGGGAGAGUAUAGCCAAAAGGCUCGAACUGUACAAAUCAGCCCGCGACGAAAUCGACUCGGUCGCAUGGAAGUGAUGAAGGCCUCGUCUCGAAUAAAAUCAAUUCUUUUUCGUGGUACAUAUCUCUAAUCCUAGAUUGGCGGCUUAUUCUCUUUGCACUUGAGAUUAUGGAGGAUCCGAACAUGAUACGCACUUUCGAUUUUUUAGCAUACAAGGAUUGGAAAUAUAGCUGAUCUGCCAGUGAGGCUUUUUACAUUUUUUCUUUUCCCCCCUGGGAUAAUACAUCUGUCCUCCUUGAUGUACGGAUGGAUUCAUACGUGUCUCAUCUUAUUUAAUUCUUUCUUUUAGGUGGUAAGAUUUUGAUGAUAUUGUUCUCUGCUUAUUCUGGUUAUCAACAUUUACAAUUUUUUCUCCAUGGAGAGUUUUAUAUCAUAUACAGAUACCUGUUAUUC